AUUAGAGAAUGAUUACAAAUUGAAAUUGCAUCAUGUGAGGAGCUGCGAGGAUGGAAGCAUUAUCAAAAUUCAGAAUAUCUCAGCCAAUAUGGAUGCAAACUGCAUGAUCAUGACGAAGGGUUGCAUUGUGAUUACCAAACCGUACAAAACUGCAAAGGCCAAGUAUCAACUGCAGAAACCCCCGAUGCCAGAUCUUAAAGGAAAUAUUGAUAUAUGCAAGGAGUUGACCACUAAGAAGAGAAAAUCGGCCCAGCUGCUUUCUUCAUUGGGUUUCAAGUGUCCAAGCGAAGCUAAAUCUCUGUGCGCAACAAAUCCUCAAAAACUGGACAUCAGCAAAUAUAAGAAGCAACUUCAUAUGGCGGCGGGAAAAUCCAAUCUAAAGAUUGAUAUUCAACACGAUAAUGGUAAAAGCUGCGUCGAUAUAGAAUUUGAAAUAUAUAAAUAAAUUGUUUGAACAUGUAUAUGGAUGACACCCGCAUAUUAUGUAAUUGCUUUUAG